AUGCGAGGUCCUGGAGUCGAGCGCAGACUUGCGCGUUUGGCGCGGGCUGCUCAACGCCCGCAGAGCCGGCUGCCGCUGCUAGGAGGAACGGGAGAGAGACAGCGAGAGACUCUGUCUUGCAUCUGUUCGUCUUGCAUGCAUUCUUCUCGUCGACGGGAGCAGCUCUAUGUCCUCUCGGAUUUGCCCGCGCCGUUAAAGUCCUCCCCUCCCCGACUUGGCUGUGUUCCACAGCUGUCUGUUCUUCCGGACUUCUUCGUUUCUCCUCCCUGGUUGCUCCAACUUGCAUGUCUUUCUCGCCGUUCUUCUUCGUGCUCUUCCUCCUCUGUCUUCUCUUCUUCCUCUUUGUUCUCUUCCUUCUCUGUCUUCUCUCAUACCUCUUUCUUUUCUUCCUCCUCUGUCUUCUCUUCCUUCUGUGUCUUCUCUCCUGCCUCUUCCUGCUCUUCGUCUUCUCCUGCUUGUCCUUCCUUUCCCUCCGUCGUUCCUUCUUUUGCUCCUGCUUCCUCUCGGUCUCCCCGCUGCGCGUCUGUUCUCCGCCUUCCUCGCCGCUUCUCGUCUUCUGCCUCGUUCGUCGACUCGCGUCUGAUCCGGGUGUACGGCGGCCGCGGAGGGCCAGGCUCGUGCAGCUACGCGAAACAUGCGAAACACAUCUUGGUGGGUCCGGGCAUCCCCUCUGGAGGCAAGGGUGGGGACGGCGGGAGCGUCAUUCUCCGGGUGGUUUCUGGGCCUCGCGGACGACCAGAGGAAGAUCGUUCUGCGAGCUCGUCUUCGGCUACGGACAUGUCGCGCGUUUUUUCGCUGACGAAGAAAGCCGCAAAGGCGGCGCGCGUUCAGGCUGCCGCAGCGAGUGUCUCGGGGGGCCUCGGAGGCCUUCCAGGCUGGGCCAGAGGCGAAGACGGAAGUCGCGGAGGCAAGCACCACAAGCCUGGCGAGCCGGGCAGAGACACGGUUCUCCUCGUUCCCCCCGGCUCUGUGGUAUGGGAGCUUCGACCUCUGCGCUCACGUUCUCCUAUCUCAAGAAACCUCGAUCCUGCACAGACAACUCGCUCUUCACUCUCCUCUCCAGCCUCCUCUCCAGUCUCAUCUGCAGCCUCCUCUCCAGUCUCCUCUCCAGUCUCAUCUGCAGCCUCCUCUCCAGUCUCCUCUCCAGUCUCAUCUGCAGCCUCCUCUUCAGAGUCUGCAGGUCCCGCUCGUUUGCGCGCUUCUUCAGAGGCGUUUGACGGCUCCACGUCAGAAGUUGUUUCUUCUGCGUCCUUGGCUCCAGGCUUCGCCUCCUCUCCUGAUUUGCUGGAUUUCGGAUGUCGCUGCGAACGCCGUUUCUUGGGGGAGCUUCUGAUCGGCUCUCCACCGUUGGUCGUCGCUCGCGGCGGCCGGGGGGGUCGGGGGAACUCCCGGGCGGAUCCGCACCGCGCGGACUGCGGCGAGGAAGGCGAGGAGAAAGUCAUUGAAGUGGAGCUGAAGUCCAUCGCAGAUGUUGGGCUCGUAGGAUUCCCCAAUGCAGGCAAGUCGAGCAUUCUCGCGGCGCUCUCGAGGUGUGCUCCACGCGUCGCCUCCUUCCCCUUCACGACCACGGGCCCCAAUGUCGGGAGUGUCUCCUUCGAAAACGGAGACACUCUCUCCGUCGCCGACCUCCCAGGCCUCGUGCAGAACGCGCACCUGAAUGAAGGCAUGGGGCAUGCCUUUCUGAGACACUGCGAGCGGACGAGUCUCCUCGUCUACGUCCUUGACGCCAGCGGCGACUCUGCCACGGAACUCGACGCGGACCCCACAGAGCAGUCGACGGCGGAGCGAGCGGAGAAGAUGGCGGACAUGGGGAGCACGAAGGAGAGGGAUGAAGCAGGAGAACAGCCGCAGGUAAAGGAGAAGGCGAGGGAGGAAGAGACACAAGAGAAGAAGGAGACGGAGGAAGCGACAGGGGAGAAGGAGAGCAGAGCGGGACACAGGAAGGUAGGGAGAGGCUUCGAAGGGAGAGAUGGAGGUGAAAGAGAGAACGAAAACGCCGACAGAGACGAAAGGACAUCAGGGGAUUUUGUGGUGGGUGAGGAGGCAAGAACUGAUCGAGGGAGAGGUGCCGUGGAGAGGCCAAGAUCCGCAGAAGAGCGAAAUACAGUUUCGAAAGGGGAAGGCAGGCAAUCGCCUUCAGGCGACGCGGAACGUUCGGAGGCCGAAUCCUUGGAAGAUGACCGAGACACACUUUCAGAGGACAGUCGAAAGUGGACCUCGGGAAUGCCUCGGAUUCCGCGCAGCCCCGUCGACGCGUUCUUCGCCCUGUACCGGGAAGUCUGUCUCUACAGCGCAAGUUUGGCCACACGGCCCUUCAUCGUUGCAGCGACAAAGUGCGACAUCAGUCCAGCAAAGACUCUGGAGACAGUCGACCGUCUCUGGCGAGAACUGAACAGUCCUCACCAGCAGCGGCGCCUUGCGCGCAUGCGGCAGCUCGCGCUCGACAGACACACUUCUUCAGACCUCAACGAGACAGAAGACGCGACUGAAACUCCAAAGACAUUGCACCAAACGUUUGAGCGCUUCUGCCUUCAGAGUGACAGGGAAACAGAGAACGGCCUGUCAAAUCAGGAGCGAAGCAGCCGAGGACUGCAGAGAGAGGAGCAAGCGAAGAGAGAAGACGGAGAAAAGAGAUCUAAGAAAGAUACAAGACGCGAGAGAGAGGAGAGCGGCCUUCUUCAGCGGGAUGCAGAGGUGCCGUUGCUAGCGGACGAAGCCCACUGUGAAGGCGAGGAAGAUCCCAGAAAGAACGGUGGAGAAGCGAUGGGUGCGGACAAGGUGCCGGGAGGGAAGCAGGUGCAAGAGAGAAAAGAAGCAAAGACGAAAUUGGCAAAGAUUCAGGUUGUGGCAAUCAGCGCGCGACACGGCCAUGGCCUUGAGGCCCUCGCAGAAGCCAUGCGGGCCGCUGUCGAGGCCCACCGUGGAGACAGAGAGCGUAUCAUGCUCCAGCAGCUUGAAGAGUGGAAGCGGAGAGGUUGA